AUGAACUCUUACCCGGGUUACCACUACCCUCGCAGAAAGCAAUCCGUCAUACACGGAAACCACCAUGGUCGUCCUUCUAGACACGCCGACGACAGGUCUUCCUUGAUAUACGCUCUCGUUUCUCUAGCGUCCGUCUACUUCCUCCUCUACUCCUUCGGCAUCUCGCCGUACUUUUUCCCUCGGCUGGCCUGGAAGAUCAUCGUCUACUCGACACCGUCGCGUCUUGUGGCUGCUUUGGAUAAAGACAGAACAAAGAAUAACCCAGCUUCAGGGGAGGCUCAUCCUGCUUACCGGAACUUAUACGAGAAGAGUCAGGCAAUGCAGAGAAUCAUCGGCCACGGCGCAAAUUCCAUUAUCCCGCUGCUUCCGCGGUCAAGAGCGUAUUCCAGCCUUAGCAGUGUCCUACUGGGGUCUAACGAUGUCUACCCUGCGGGCCUUGGAAACUGGGAUAACUCCUGCUACCAGAAUUCCAUAAUUCAAGGCCUAGCUUCCCUUCGCUCAUUACGGGAGUUUUUGGGGGCAAACAUUCAAAAUCUGGGGCAUCGCCAUCCCCUUUCUACACAUAUUGCACUGAGAGUGAUCAUCGACAAACUUAACGACCCUGAAAAUGCCGGGCAGAAGUUGUGGUUACCUGCAGAACUCAAGUCUAUGUGCAGCUGGCAGCAGCAGGACGCCCAGGAAUACUUUUCCAUCAUCGCGGACCAAGUAGAUAAAGAGAUUCGUGGGGCAUCAAAGGGGGUUACGAGUGAUAUCGGCCUCAAAAUAGCUCGGGAUACUGGUCGCCGCGCCGAAGUUACCCUACCAAGUCCUCCAUUGACCCCGGGUGACCAGACAACCUCCGAUGAGCCAGAUACAGAUCGGAGCAUAGUACCUUACUGUAGCCCGCUGGAGGGUCUACUCGCUCAGAGAGUGGGGUGUAUGGAAUGUGGCUGGACUGAUGGCCUCUCGCUUAUUCCAUUUAAUUGCCUGACGGUUACCCUGGGCAAUAAAUGGGAAUACGAUAUCAGGGAUUGCCUUGACGACUAUACCAGCUUAGAAACUAUUGAGGGCGUGGAGUGCGCCAAAUGUACAUUACUACGGACCCAGGCGCAGCUUGAACAGCUACUAAGCAAAAUCGAUCCGGUGGAAGGAUCAGAAGAAACAGACUCCGCAAAGCUAAACGAAGCGUUGAGAAGGAAUGCUGAAUCUAGGCUAAAUGCGGUACUUGAAUCACUUCAAAAUGACGAUUUUAGUGAAAAGACAUUGAAGGAAAAAUGUCACAUUACCUCGCGCAAUCAUGUCUCGUCGACGAAAUCGAAGCAGGCGGUAAUUGCACGACCACCAAAAUCUUUAAUUAUACAUGUCAAUCGCAGUGUAUUUGACGAAAUGACGGGCACACUAAGGAAGAACUAUGCGGAUGUGAGGUUCCCAAAGUGUUUGGAACUAGAUGAGUGGUGCUUGGGUACCAUGCCAACAGACAGCAGCUCCAAGGAAGAAAUCGUCGAAACUUGGGGUAUAAAUCCUUCCGAGUCGAUGCUUCCUCGACCAGACAGUGAGAUAAACGGUUUCGAUAGAAGGUAUGAGCUGCAAGCUGUAGUCACACAUCACGGACGCCAUGAGAACGGCCACUACAUAUGUUACCGAAAAUAUCCUGUCGAGUCAUUCCCUAUUGAAGUUCCCCAGUCAAUCGUUGAGGCUGAUGGAAUUAAGGAGAAAAAGGAACAUUGGUUCAGAUUGAGUGACGAGGAUGUCAGCUUGGUCAGCGAAAGGAGCGUUCUCGGCCAAGGAGGAGUAUUCAUGCUCUGUUAUGAACUUGUAGAGCCAUCCCCUGAAAUUCACAGGAGUAUCUCCCAAGCGGUUCCCGGUAGAGAAACGCAAUCCAUUAGUGAAUCGCAGGUGGCUGAAGACGGGAUUCCACUUGAAGAAGUAUUACACAAGCCCGAAAGUUCCGCAGAAUCCCCGGUAGUUGAACCCGACUGGUCUAGGAACACUGAUUCCAUAUCGUCUCAAAACUCGAGCUUUUCUGAAGACAGCAGCCAGUCCUCUAUUAUCACAAAUGAGGAGCUGACUACCACUAACAAACCCCAGCAACUGGCUACUCCCAUGAAAACGUCGAACGGCCCAAAUAUUGACUCGCAUGAGAACCCAAGUGCCUCCUCGGUACCACGGCUAAUAAAAGCAUUAUAG